AUGAUAGAGUGGUGGCGACCGGAGGCGCACACGUUUGAUCUACCCAUCGGCGAGGCUACCAUCACGUUUGAGGACUUGGAGGUUCUUUUCGGGCUGCCGGUUGAUGGAUUACCUCUGACCCCCGUCUGGCAGUAUCUGGAGGCGAUUGAUGCGGAGAUUACGGAUGAUUCACCGCCGGAGGAUAUCAACCGGCACACGAGAUUGUUGCUGCUGCUGCUACUGUUUGGUGGUGUAGUGUUCUCUAACACUUUGGGAAACCUGGUUAGUUUGAGAUUUCUACAUCAUCUAGAGCGGUUAGAUGAUUUACCUGGUUACAGCUGGGGUGCAGCUGUUUUAGGCUACCUGUAUAGGCAGAUGUGCCGGGCGUGCAUGGGAACCUAG